GUCGCAUCUGAACCAUCUGGAGAUGACGACACUCCUGUCGCAUCUGAACCAUCUGGAGAUGACGACACUCCUGUCGCAUCUGAACCAUCUGGAGAUGAUUCCGAUAGUGAUUAUGAAGCCGAAUCUGAUCCAGAAGGUAGUAGCAGUGAUGAGGCUGAUUUCAUUCCAUUUCGGUUUGUACGUGGACGUCAAAGUAACUCUGUGGCAGUUUCUGUCAGUGAUAAUAAGGAGAGUGAAGCCAUGCCUGUUGACCAUUCAGUACCUAAUACCUCACCUGCCCAUGCCUCUGCAAGUGUUCAAAGUGCAAAAGUCUCAAGCUCCAGUUGCAGUAUUAAUGUGAUGACCACUUCAAACAACAACUGUAGAAAGUGGGACAAACCUCAGUACUGUAAAUUUUGUAGUCAACCACAAAAGAAACUGCCGAGGCAUCUGCUUACACCACAACAUGUCAACGAGACUGAGGUUCAGCAAUGGAUUGCAACUAAAGACAUGAAAGAAAAGGCAAACUUGCUAGCUAAAAUGAGAAAUUACGGAAACUAUCGUCACAAUGUCAAAGUCCUUCAAGAAAAUAAAGGUACCUUGAUUGUUGCAUACAGACCGAAAUAUGAUGUGGAUCCAGAAGAAUAUUUGCCAUGUAGUCAUUGUUAUGCUUUCUAUUCCAAGGAUGAUUUGUACAGGCAUGUUCAUAGAUGUAAAUUGCGACCAGAUGUUGAGGAUGAGGAUGAGACCUGUGAACCACCCAAGAAGAAAAAAAGAACCUUACAUGUUCAAACUGGUAGAAUGAUGCUUCCAGGCCCAUCAGGAGUAAGCCCAAAGGUGCACAUGAUAUUAUCAAUGGGAGUCGAUGAUGAUAUAUUGAGAGUUGUGAAAUCAGAUAGAUUAAUGCAGCAAGUAGCAGAGAGGCUGACAUUGAAGCAUGGGCAUGACAAAGACCAGUAUUCAUAUAUACGGCAAAAAUUGCGUGAACUUGCACGACUGGUUCGUGAGUACAGAAAAUUGAAUGAUCACCCAUCGGCUUCAUUAGUAGAUUUGAUUUGUCCUACCAAAUUUAAUGAGGUCAUAGCUGCAACUAGGAAGGCUGCAGGAUUUAAUGAGGAUACACAUUUGUACACAACACCUAGCCUGGCACUGAAAGUCGGAUAUACACUGGUGACGGCUGCCAAAGUCCUUAUGGGAAAUGCUCUGUUGCAAGCAGAUGCUGGUUUGGAAAAGAAAUGCAAACAGUUCAUCAAAUCAUAUACUCUCAAGUGGGAAGCAGAAGUAAGCACACAUGCACUGCGUACAUUAAAAGUAAACAAGAGAAAUACAUCAAGGCUGCUUCCUUUGACAACAGAUGUUGUUGCACUGUCCAAUUAUGUGAGAAAAGAAACAAAAGAGGGAAAACAGAAGCUGAACAGCUGCAGUAGUGAUGAGACCCUUGACAGAUGGAAACAGUUGGCUGAGGUUACCCUGACCCAGGUGUGUGUUUUCAACAGGAAGCGUCCGGGAGAAGUUUCAAAGAUGCCCCUCAGUGAUUACAAGUGUAUCACAAAAGGAGAAGGUGGAAUAUUUGGUGAAGGCCUAACCAAAUGGGAAAAGGCGUUGUGCAAUGUGGUAUGGAGGGUGGAGAUUAAUGGGAAAUGCAAUAACACUGUACCCGUUUUGCUAACAGAUGACAUGAAAGGCAGCAUUGACUUGUUGAUGGAGAAAAGGUCACAAGUAGUCAAUGAUGGAAAUCCCUACUUGUUUGCAAACCCCGAUGGAAGAGGCCACUUGAGAGCAACUGAUACAGUGCGAAAUCAUGCCCAAAAGUGUGGAGCAAAGUAUCCAGAUCAGCUUAGAUUGACAAAACUCAGGAAGCACAUUGCUAUCAGCUCUCAGAUCAUGAAUUUGAAGGAUAAUGAAGUGGACAUUUUAGCCACCUUCAUGGGCCAUGACAUAAGAACCCACAGAGCCUACUACCGCCUGCCAGAUGCGUCACUGCAAGUAGCAAAGAUUUCUAAAGUACUCUUCAGCAUGGAGAAGGGAGACCUAAAGGCAAUGGCAGGAAAGACGUUGGAUGAUGUUCGUGUAGAUGCAGAUGAAGAAUGCAACAUAGAUCCAGAUGUUGAUGAUGAUCCUGACAACGAAGUGAACAGGCCCGAUGAUGCUGUUUUGAUGGAUGAGAUGUCAGACAAAGAAAAUGAAGGUAUGAGCAUGCCGCAGCAAAGCAGAAAGAAGAGUGACCAAGUUGCAAACAAGGAAAGUGACCGUGGUGCCAGCAGAAAGAAAAGGAGUAUCAGACAAUCUUGGACAGCUGAAGAAAAACAAGCAAUACACAGACACUUUAAAGAAGAACUACGCUCACGCCAACUGCCCGGUAAAGAAAAAAUAAUGAAGUACUGCAAGAUGGAUGCAGACCUGAAGGGUCGUACUAAAAGGUGGACAACAGUCAAAGAUUUCAUUAGAAACCAAAUUAGAAAGACAAAUCCACUGGAUUUUUAGUGAAUUUUCAACCUGUUAUGAGUGAAAUUAAUCAUGUUCAUCACACUCCGCAAUUUUGGAUGAAAUCUUUUCAGGUACUGACAUGCGUAAAAUGUGGUUGCUUCUUAUUCAUAUAACCCACUUACUGGUUUCCUUGAUGAAGGGCUGUGCUUUGGAAGAGGUGCACCUUUAUAUAGGUUAACAGUUAACUCCAUGGCCAGGAAGCAUACUGUGUGUAAAGCAGUGUAUGGUUCUGCAAGUCAAAUGGGAACUUAAUAGGAAAAACUUAAUUACCUGCCCAGUUGGUCAGGGCCAGGGAGUAGACUUGUGUCUAACAGUAUGUAUACUGUAUAGAAGAUUGUAAGGCAAAUGGGAACUUUUGUGCUAAAGUUGUUUGAUAAGCCCCAGUUUGCCAGGUUAACGUUUUGCAGUUUAAAUGAUGACUUACAGGUCAAUUUUAUCAGCUCCCAUAUCACCAGAUGGUCAACGUCAGUGAGCAUCACAUGUGUAACAAUGUGCAUAAAGGUUUACAGGUCAAACUCCAACUUUGCUCACUUCCCCUAGAUUAGGUUCAUGGUUGAUAGGACUCGUGAUAGGACUAGAUGUAUAAUGUUUUCCAUAUCAACUGGGAAUUAAGAGCCAACUGUGAUCAGGUCCUCAGUUGGCUUAGACCAUGACAAGGAAGCAUCCACAUGUGUACACUAUGUAAAAUAAAGUUUGCAGGUCAAAUAGGGACUUUAGGCCAACUUUGCUUGGCUCCCCAGUUAAAUAGGCCAGUAUGUAAUGUUUUGCAAUCAACUAGUGACUUAUGGGCAAUUUUGAUCAGGUCCUCAGUUGGCUUGGGUCCGAUUACCAGGAAGCAUCCGCAUGUGUACAUUGUGUGAAAGUUAAGUUUGUAGGUCAAAUGGGCACUUUUGGUCAACUUUACUUGGCUCACCAGUUGAUCAGGGCCAUGAUGACUCGUCAAAGGACCGCUAUGUAUAAUGUUUGGAUUUAAGAGCCAACUGUGAUGAUCGAGGUCCUCAGUUGGCUAGUUCCAGCUGAUGAGGAAGCAUCCACAUUGUGUAAACUAAAGUUUGCACGUCAAAUGGGGACUUAUGGCUAACUUGACUCGUCAAAGGCCCGCUACUUGCAAAAUUUAGAUUUUUAAGUACAUUGCAGAUCAAAUGGGACAUAGCUACCACCUUUGAUCCUCAAUUAGUCAAGGCCAGGUGAAGUCCCAUGAAAUUGAAAAUUGUGUAAAAAGUAACAUGUCUAAUUUUGAUUUAUGAGACAACUUGGUUAGCAGUUGGGUUUUGACUGUUGGUCAAUUACCAUGGACCUUUGGCCUUUAUUAGACUUUAUAAAUAUCUCACCACUCUUGUCCAAUUUCAUCUAAGUUUGGACCCUUUUUUUCAAAAAAAUCAUCAAAAAGUAGACCAUUUGCCCCUUUUGUGAAAUUUAAUCAGGUCCUCGCACUCAGCUAUUGGGUAGGGCCAGAUAACCAUUAAAGCAUAAUCAUGUGUUCAAUGUGUUUCUAUUAAGUUAUGUCUGCAGAUCAAAUGGGACUUUGUACCAUCUAUGAUCAGAUCCCCAGUUAGUCAAGGCCAAAUUGUGAAUAAAGUUUUACAGAUCAAAUGUGGACUCAAAGCUUGCCAGCUUCGAUAAUUUUCCAGUUGCAGUCAAUUAUCAGGGAGCAUUGACCAAUGUGUAACAGUUUGUAUAAAGAUUUGCAGGGUAAGUGGGGUAUAUUUCUGCGACAAACUAUGAUCAGCUUCUGAGCCAAGAACAUUGUUUAUUUAAGGAUGCACUCAGCAACAUGCUUUAUGCAGUAUAGUUCAUCUCGUAUGUAACUCAAAAACUAUUGAUGGGAAGUGUAUAAAGGUAUACAUUUUCUGGCUGAAAAUGACCUGUUAAAUCCAUUGAACACAUACAAUUUGGACAACAAUUUAUCAUUUUUUUUACCCAUUUUUUUCGACCACCAUAAAUAAAAUAUCCUUGCAACAAAAAAUUAUUUUCCUAGUGUCCAAAAUAUAACUCACAAUGUACCAAAAAUAUAAUAACCAAGUUUGAACUUAUGAGUUGUGGGCUAUAAAAAAAGUUCUAGGGCCUAAUUACAAAAAAACGUUACUAGAUUUUAGUAGGUACAAUGUAUUCUGUAUGAAAUCUUAAAUCAGAAAUGUUUUAUUUUUGAGUCCUGAGGGUUCAAAACUCAUAUAAACUAUUAAAAAUGAAAUGGCUGAAAUUAUGAUUUUAUGCAGAAACAUGGAUUUUCAGUUGCAUUUUCAAUCUCAUCUUGAAAACCCCAAGAUCCUGUGUCUCGAUCCUGACUUUGGUAUACGGUUGCCGACAAUAUGCUGCAUCCGAUGGUACAUUAGACAUUUUUUCCAAUUGAAUUUAUAUGGAUUUGAGAGUAAACGUCCACAUGGUCUCACCAUCUGUUUACAUUGCUUGCUGUUUCCAUGGGCGUUGUGUCACGUAGAUAGAUUGCGCGGAUAUUGCACAUCGUGUUGCAAUGUGACGGGACACGUAGCAUGCAUCGCAUAAACGGACACUGUCAUUUUGCGUUAAAAAAGGUUUCAUCUGUAGUUUUGUUAGAUUUUAAACCUGAAAAGGGUCCACAAAACAGUUUUUGAUGGUUCAAUGUUUAUAUUAGCAUCACAGAAUUUACUGACAUGAUGGAACAGAGUUUGAAGAUAGCAAUAAAAAAAAAAUCAUUUAAGGGUAUGGCAAACUUUGACGUUGCUGGGUGCAUCCUUAAGUUGUAGGUAAUUACAUGUUUUAAGAUGUUAAAAGUUGUGUAGAUCAAAUGGGGACUUUGCAGGCCAACCUUGAUUAUUACCUCCCGGCUGGUCGUCCUAGGAAUUGAAUAGCCCAUGUAUAAAGGUUUUCAGCUUAAACGGGGACAUAUGAUGCUCACUUGUGUUGACCCAGCUGGGGAGAUAAUAAGAGUUAGCCCCAAAGUCCCUUUGCAAACAUGAGAUGCUCCAUUGCAUUUCUCCAAUCUGUGAUCUGAUCAAACUUGUUAAGGUACUAUGCCCAUUCAAGUUUGAUAUCUCCUCAUUUGGCUGGGAUCAGAAGCAUCUUCGUUCCUGUACUGUGUAGAGUAGCAACUCAUUUACACAAAGUUGGUGGGGGUUUGGAUUUAGGUUUGUGUUAUCAGGAUAGAAUGAAAUUUACAAGAACACCUUGGAAAUUGAAUUCCUCUUUGUAUUAUUUGGAACUUUGUGUUAAGAAAAGGGUUUGCAAGAACGAGUUGCCACUGUAUGAGGUAAUUUGUUGGUCAAACAGCGACUUAUGGGUCAGCUUUGAUAAGCUACAGAGUUGGUCACCUCCAAUCUUGCAUAUACCAUUGAGUGUAUUCAAUUUUUCAUCCAGUGUUGUUUUGAACAGUUUUAUAGUUUUACAUACAUGUACACAAUCUAUAUAAAGUUCUGAAAUGGAUAGUGCAUGCAAGAGUGUUUUGUUCAUAUAUGAAAAUGUGACAUAUUACAAAUUUACCCUUGGUUCAGUUUGUUGUUAUGAAUUUCUGAUGUUUGUGUUUGUUUUUGUUUUUUGUAAAGAGUGAGUUAAAUGUCUUAACAAGACAUGUUCUCAUGCAAUGCAAUCAAUGCAAUCAAUUGUUAAUCUUUUCCUGUUAUGUGGAAAAAAAUGUGUAUGCUUUAAGUAAUGAAUACCCUUUGUUUCAUCACAACUUCUGUAGUGACAUCACCUGCAAAGAACACUUUUUCUGGGUUUGAAUUCCAAGCGUGAUGACCACCGCCAAUUAUAAGUGUGGGUUCUGCUUCUAAAGGAACAUUAAAAAAAUAGUUUUUAUUGAAUUGAAUCUUGUCUUCCUGAUGAUUUAUAAAAUAUUUUAGAUGGGAAUCUGUAGAUGAGUUAUACAACAAAUGAUAAAUGUUUUAUUCAUCGGAUAGAAUAUUUUCAUUUUAGUGGAAGAUUGGCCGUUCCGCCAGCUCCUGGUAUGGUGCAACUAAUCUUUCACCUCAUGAAAAUAUUCUUACCAGAGCACUCUCAAAUUAUAUGUAUAACAUUUUGUUAUUUGAUGUAGCUAGUAUGAGCAAUGUUGUAAUACAUUUGUUAGUUGUGUAUUAAAAUGUAACCACUAGCCUGUAUUAAACAGUAUAUCAUAUUAUAAUAGUUAGAUCAGGUAUAUACAGUUUACAAUUCACCGUUCAUAGUGUACAUGUUAAAAAAGUUGAUUGUUCAGUAUCAUUGCAGUUAAAUGCUGGUUGACCAAAAUUUGUGGAAUGGCUGGUAUUUCAGAAAAGGAGUUGAAACAGAAGGUCAGGUUUAUCAUUGAAGAAAUAUUAUUUGGGCAAAAGCUGUUUUAUAUCAAAUUCAUUCUAAAAAUAAAUCAUGUUUUGUAUUAUAGGUAUACCUACACUACAUUGUACAUUACUCUGUAUUUUACCAAAACGUCUGUAGUGACAAGCUACAGAGUUGGUCAACUCCAAUCUUGCAUAUACCAUUGAGUGUAUUCAAUUUUUCAUCCAGUGUUGUUUUGAACAGUUUUAUAGUUUUACAUACAUGUACACAAUCUAUAUAGAGUUCUGAAAUGGAUAGUGCAUGCAAGAGUGUUUUGUUCAUAUAUGAAAAUGUGACAUAUUACAAAUUUACCCUUGGUUCAGUUUGUUGUUAUGAAUUUCUGAUGUUUGUGUUUGUUUUUGUUUUUUGUAAAGAGUGAGUUAAAUGUCUUGACAAGACAUGUUCUCAUGCAAUGCAAUCAAUUGUUAAUCUUUUCCUGUUAUGUGGAAAAAAAUGUGUAUGCUUUAAGUAAUGAAUACCCUUUGUUUCAUCACAACUUCUGUAGUGACAUCACCUGCAAAGAACACUUUUUCUGGGUUUGAAUUCCAAGCGUGAUGACCACCGCCAAUUAUAAGUGUGGGUUCUGCUUCUAAAGGAACAUUAAAAAAAUAGUUUUUAUUGAAUUGAAUCUUGUCUUCCUGAUGAUUUAUAAAAUAUUUUAGAUGGGAAUCUGUAGAUGAGUUAUACAACAAAUGAUAAAUGUUUAAUUCAUCGGAUAGAAUAUUUUCAUUUUAGUGGAAGAUUGGCCGUUCCGCUAGCUCCUGGUAUGGUGCAACUAAUCUUUCACCUCAUGAAAAUAUUCUUACCAGAGCACUCUCAAAUUAUAUGUAUAACAUUUUGUUAUUUGAUGUAGCUAGUAUGAGCAAUGUUGUAAUACAUUUGUUAGUUGUGUAUUAAAAUGUACCACUAGCCUGUAUUAAACAGUAUAUCAUAUUAUAAUAGUUAGAUCAGGUAUAUACAGUUUACAAUUCACCGUUCAUAGUGUACAUGUUAAAAAAGUUGAUUGUUCAGUAUUAUUGCAGUUAAAUGCUGGUUGACCAAAAUUUGUGGAAUGGCUGGUAUUUCAGAAAAGGAGUUGAAACAGAAGGUCAGGUUUAUCAUUGAAGAAAUAUUAUUUGGGCAAAAGCUGUUUUAUAUCAAAUUCAUUCUAAAAAUAAAUCAUGUUUUGUAUUAUAGGUAUACCUACACUACAUUGUACAUUACUCUGUAUUUUACCAAAAUGUCUGUAGUGACAUCACAUGCUUUUCGUGCGUGCUUCAUGAUCGUUAAGAUAAGGUGAUUGAAUAGGCAUGGACAGGUUGAUACGCUUGGAACGCAAACUAGUUGACGUCACUACAAAUGUUUUGUGAAACAAAGGGUAUUGUCGUCGUAUUCAAAUUUGAAUUUAGAUUCUCUGUAGGGCCCACCAGUGGGAAUAGCCCAGCACCCAUAGACAGUCAAAAUGAAGAAUGAUGUGCAAAACUAUAAUGCUGGUUGAAGAGAUGAAUGAUCACUAUGUCUGGUUUGUCGUCUACGUCGGACUAUAACCCAACUCCAUGGACAAUGUGACCUAUUAUCUGACAUGAAAGUGAUAAUUUAAAAUGUCUAUAUGUAGUCCAUUUUCCAACAGUUUUGUUUGACUGUAUUUCUUUGCCCAAUACUUUUGUACAAAGAAGACAAGAUUAGCACAAAAGUGAUGUAUUGGUCAUGUUUUGAUGUUACUAUCCAUCCACUAAAAUGUAAUGUUUAUAUGUUCAUAACAUAUCACUUUGUAACCCGAGUUCUAUACAAAAAUGAAAUGGAUUAUGGAAUUCGGAAUCCUGGGUUCAGAACACAAAUAUGCUGAUACUUUCCACUUGCUUUUAUUAACAAAUGUAACUUUCAUUCUUUAAAUUAAGAUCUUGAUUAAAGAGACACGGGCAUAUUUGGGAAAUAUUUGUCCAACUCUGAUAUUUCUGUUGCGAUCUUAUUUUGAUGUACACAUCUUGACUGCCCAGCACGCCAUUCCAAAGUGGAUAUUUUCAAAGCAGAUACUAAUGCCCUCGCUGGGACUGAAGGUUUUUGUAGGGAUUUUAAAUAAAAUGUUAUUAUUCAGAUCCAUAUUCAUGCCGCCUUUAAAAGCAAAAUCACCACUUACGAUUUUUUUUUUUUUUAACAGCUUGAAGCGAAAUACAUUAGUUUUUAUCAUGUCAGAUUUCAAUUUUGUAACAUCUAAACAUGAAAAUUAAGGUUUUGCAAAAACGCUAUUCAGAAGCUUAGUACUCAAACUCUUUCUUGUGUAUACCAAAUUAUGAUAGAGGUAAAUAUUAAUGUUAUGUAGUUUGCUACUCCAAUUUCAAUAUUGCAACACCAUGAUUCACUUUUAUAUGGGAAUUUUUGUUUUUAAAGGUCACUGGGGGCUGAUUUCACUGCAAAAGAAGGCAUGAAUAUGGGUCUAAACAAUCCCCAAGUUGCGAGUAACUCCUCUCCUACCAUACCUGUAUAACAGCCCACCUAUGUGUUCGUUGUCCUCUGAACUGAGAUGUAUCAUGUUUUGUUGGAACCUUGUUUUAUAAGCCUUAUUUUUUCAAAGUUGUCUUUAAUAAUAAAAACAGUUUUGCUGUAUUUGAAAGGCA